GCCAGACUAGUGGAUUACCUGAGGGAGCCAGGAGGGACAAGCCUAGCAGCGGGGACUUCCCACAACUGCCCCACCUCACCUCACACAGUAUAAGAGCCUGUCUGCCUCCACCUCCUCAUUCUUACAUCAACAACCAACAUGGCACACGGUGUGUUAAGAAGCCUGGUGGUGGUGGUGGCCUUCCUGGUCGUCUUCUCAACACAACAGAAAGUAGAUACCCGUUAUCUGCCCCCUAACAGAGGAUUCGGUGGAAACAGAUUUCCUGGCAUUGGUGGGAAUCUUGGUAUAAUAGGAAGUCCUGGUGUGGGUGGUGUACUCAGACCUGGUGGUGGUGGUGGUGUACUCAGACCUGGUGGUGGUGGUGGUGGUCGUAUGAUUGGGGACGACCAAGGUUGUCGCUACUACUGCAGGAGGCCUGGCAACGACCUGUAUUGCUGCGAGGAUGAAUCUGACCCCUUCACACGACCUGCGUUAAAGUUAGGUAUAUGUCCGGCGGUGGGUCGGCAGUGCUCUCGCGACCCCGUCGUCAUCGGCUGUAGCAAUGAUUCUCGCUGUCCUGGUCAAGACAAGUGUUGCUACGACGUCUGCUACCAACGACACAUCUGUACUCGUCCCUCAUUAUCUUAACUUCUGCUCAAGACAAGUGUUCCUACGACGUCUGCUACCAACGACACAUCUGUACUCGUCCCUCAUUAGUUUAACUUCUACUCAAGACAGGUGUUGCUACGACGCCUGCUACGAUGAGACAUUUAUGCCCACACUUCAUUAUUCUAAUUUCUGGUCAAGACCAGUGUUACUGCUACGUGUUGUACCAUCACACGUGUCCCUCCUUCAGUGUUCUAACUCCUCGACCACAUACUGCCAAAACUGACCUUCUCUUGAUGAUUAACACACACGUGCAACAGUUGGGUAUCCUUAUUAUUGAAACGUUUCGCCUACACAGUAGGCCUCUUCAGUCAUAUGCAGAGGCAGCAAGUGUAGUAGUGAUAUAAAGAAACGUUUCAACAAUUAAGAUAUCCAGUUUUUGCACAUAUGUCUUAUUUAUCAACUUACCCGUAUUUUAUACCAUCUUCAACGUGACCAUCUUUUACUGGUCUUACAAAUAUUCUCCAGUCUUUUACUGAUCAUAAACAUAUUUUCAGAUAAAUCAUUGGUGGUUACAGGUAUUUAAGGGGUUUGUACCUUGACAAAUGAUUUAGAAAGGUAUGAAUUCUACAAAGGCAUUAUAUAUAAAUCAUUAAAUAAAUAAGUGUUUCCUAUAUGCUUUCUAUAUCUGAAUUUAUCCAUCUUAAAAUAGUUGUUUUCUUUUUGAUUAUAAUAAUAAUAAUAAUAAUUAAAAUAGUUGUUA